AUGGUUACACUCCGUCGAACCUCAAAGCGAUUAGCUCGCGGUUCUGGUUCUGCAGCGAAAUCAGCAACUCCAGCUCGAUCGAAGACUACUCGACCUAUUCCGGCGAGUUACCCUUCUUCUCCGACGAUAUCACCUUCACAUUCACCUAUUCCGGUGAGAAACUUCCAAGAUCCAUCUAAUCCGGUGAAUCAUGUUACUUUUGGAGCCAAUCCUGCUUCCAUUGGAGUCAAUCCUACUUCCUCUUCAAUUCCGAUAAAAUAUUUCGGUGUUCCAAAUCCUAUCUCAUCUCAAAUGUCACAAGAACAAUUCGCAUUUGAUGGAAUUCAGUAUUCUCCUUACUUCUUGAACAGCGGCGACAAUCCAGGAUCUUAUAUCAUCUCUGAGGUACUUGAUGGAACAAACUAUAACACCUGGAAUAUAGCUAUCACUACCGCCUUAGAUAUUAAGAAUAAGCUUGCGUUUGUGGAUGGAUUUCUUGCUAGACCAUUAGAAACACAUCCACAUUAUCGCAUAUGGUCAAGAUGUAAUGCAAUGGUGAAAUCUUGGAUUCUGAAUUCUGUGACAAAAGAAAUUUAUGGAAGUAUUCUACGAUUCAAAGAUGCUUCUGCGAUGUGGCAAGACUUACUUGUGCGUUUUCACAUCACGAACUUGCCAAGAUCUUACCAACUUACACAACAAAUCUGGUCUCUUCAUCAAGGUGCAUUGCCUGGUAUGGCUUUCUCGUCCUCUACUUUAAAAUUUGUAGGGAUCUUGAGAGUCACCGGUAAUACAUUGUCAUCUAGGUCUAUGAUCAUAGAUAGUGGUGCUACUCAUCAUGUUUCACAUGAUAAGAGCUUGUUUGUGCAUAUGACUGAUAGUGUUUGUGGUAAAACAGUGACCUUACCUACUGGACCAGAUAUAUGGAUUGCAGGAAUUGGUCAGAUUAGACUAAAUGAUUCUCUGAUUUUGAGCAAUGUCCUUUAUAUCCCAGAUUAUGCCUCAAUAUCCUCAGUGUAA